AUGCAAGUAUAUAAGGACCUUGAAUUAAUAGUUGAAGCAUUACGUGAAUCACCAGAAUUAUUAGAAGUGGAUGAAGCAGGUGAACAUGUUAGAAGAAAACUCCCACUUUUAAUGGAAGUACCUAACCAUGUUAAGCAAUCAGCUAUUUGGAGAACUAUAUAUGCAAAAGGAUUUGGUGAUACAUCAACUCCGUCACUUGAAAAAGAAGUUAAAAGUUUCUUUUCUCAAUAUGGCAAUGCUCAAAAGAUCUUUCCCAGAAGGGAUAAUAUUACUGGAAAUUUUAAGGCAAAAAAAGUUAAAGGAAUGGAAUUGACUUUUCAUGAUACAAAACUUCUAAUGAUGAUGAAAUUUGAUUAUUGUGAAAUGAAAUGUGUCGAAAAAGGACUUGAUCCUAACACAAUGCGCAAACCACAGAAUGAGAAUAACAGAAAAAACCUAAAAAUUAAAAAUAAUAGUUUAAUACAAUUUUCAAGUGCAGGAGAAAAUAUCGAUCGUUUUUCAAUUAAAGAACCUUCAGGAAUUAUAGAACUUAUGGAAUCUGGGGCUGAUGCUAUUGUUAAAUCUAUGUUGCAAGAUAAUUUUACCUUAGGUGGUGAUAAACUUACUCUCAAAGUAUUAGAUGGUAUGUUCAGAGGAAUUGAGAUACUUCGUUAA